ACAGAAGCUGGGUUUUUCCUUUAAGCAGAUCUAAGUGUAACCCAAUUUUACAGUUUAAAAGGCUUGCUUGCAGUGCCUACGAGCUCUCGGCUUUGGCAUUAUUGAGGCUCUUUCGGAUUGAAUAGAAAACACGCAAAGUGCUACCAUCGAAGGGUUUUCACUGCCUCAUUUUGUUUCUCGUAGGUCGCAGAUGCAGGGGAACUUAGUUGACCAAAGCUUGACAACUGGCAGAAAAAUUUUUCGAAGUCUCUGUCUGGUGCCAUGGUUUACAUAACUGAGUGGGACAAAUUUGUGGAGCAAUCCAUUCAGUUGUUCCGUGCUGAUCCUGAUUCUACACGGUAUGUCAUGAAGUACAGGCACUGUGAUGGCAAGUUGGUUCUUAAGGUCACUGAUAACCGACAGUGUCUAAAGUACAAGACAGACCAAGCACAAGAGGCUAAGAAGAUGGAAAAACUGAACAAUAUGUUCUUUGCUUUGAUGGCCCGUGGUCCUGAUGUUGAUCUAUCAGAAGUCACUGGAAAAGAACAAAUGGAUGCUCAACCAAGCAAGAAAGGAAGAGGAAGGAAGCAAUAACUUGCUCUUUGCGAGACAUGAUGGUUUUUAGUCAGAGAACUUUCUAAGAAUUUGAACAGUUAUACUUUUUCCUGACCUAAUUAUUACUUCAGAUUCUAUGAUGAAAGUGGUUGUAUAUUUAAGUUUUGAAGUCUGAAUUUUUUAUCUUUUGGAAGUCUUGAGUAUUACAGAAUUUAGUUAUGCCACCAAGAUUUACUAUGCAUCGUUACCGUUAUUGAAUCCUUUUA